AUGAUCCCUGUCCUAAUCAAGAGGAGCUUUGUCCAGCUCCCCACAGAUGGCAUGAUGACUCGAUUUGAUCAUCGAUCUAUGGCACAGUACCCAAAGCUGGAGCUGACAGACAAAGGGAGCAAGGCAAGCACUGCAGGGAUGAUCCCCAUUCUCAAUGGGCGACAUUGGUGGGAAGCCAUGAAGAUUGCAUUUCGAAUGUGUAACGAUGAGAUCCCAAAACUGAAGAUGGAAUUAGCAGGGGUCGAGAAACAACUCAAGAGUGAGCCAGAGAAUCUACAUCUCAAGCACUUGAGCCAGGAAUAUUGCAGUGAUCUGGAACAACAGCAACUGUAUUUGGAGAAGUAUGAUGACAAAUGGCUUGUCAUUGCGUAUGACCAAGAAACGGUUGAGAAGGAUGGUGUUGAGGGGUCCCUUGCAGUCCUCUCAUUGUCAUGGAAUGUGGACAUGACCACAGUCGAGGAGACUCUUAGUGACCAACUACAAUAUUGGGCCCAGUCCAUCAUGGAUGAGCAGUCAACGUUGGAGGAAUCAGAGCCGACUUUCUCUGAGCACUGGAGUGGAGGUAAACAUGCCUCACCAAAAGGCUCAUGGCUUCCUCACCCAUUGAGCCACACCUGGAUUGAGAAGGAUGCCAAGGCCCACACUGAAUAUGUGAAUUUGCUGCAGGAUGAAGAAAUUUAA